AACAGGUUUGAGUUUCCAAGUUCACGUGAAUGCAAAAAUUUAUUAUGGCACAUGUAAUGACGUCAUGUACAAUUGAGCGCCUCCAGAUUUAUGAUAACAGUUUGGAAAAGAACCACACAUAGCAGAGAAGGCAUAUUAAAAGAUCAAAAAGACAUGAUUUAACUUCAAGAAGACAUGGAAGGGUCCUGGAUGUCUGUUCUAUUAUUAAUCCCAACAUUAAGGGCUUCUGGAGUUUUGCCCUUCGAAGUUCCACCCCUCAAUUAUUGCUACACAGAAGAUGCAUGUAGUCCGUAUAAGUGGGUGAAAACGUUUCCCAGCUGCAUUGCUACAGCCUCAGCACUGCAGUCUCCCAUUGAACUGGAACAUGUCGUUAAAAAGAACGACUCCAUCUAUCCGCUGGAACUGCGAGGCUUUGGUGUACCUCAAAAGUCAUGGACCGUAGUUAAUAUCUGGGACACUGUUGUUGUGAAGUUUCAAGCAGGCAUGACUGUGAAAGGUGGCAGUAUAAAGCAUAAUUAUCGACUCAUUGAGAUGAGAUUCCACUGGGGUUCGAGAGACACCAACGGAUCAGAGCAUAAAUUUAACAGUCGCAGGUUUCCUAUGGAGAUGCAGAUUGUGGGACUUGCGCCUGGAUUCGUCAACGUGGAUGCUGCUUCUUUAGUACAAUCAGGCCUGCUUAUGAUUGGAGUCUUUAUUGAUAUCGCUUCUGAUGAGAAUAUGGCUUUCAGAGCCAUAGCUCAUGCUGUGCUCAAUGUCUCGUACCCAGGGGAUUCAGUGAGCGUGACUCCUCCGGCAUUGUCGCGUCUCCUUCCUGAUAAUUACAAAUUCUAUCAGUACUACGGAGGCCAGACAACUCCCCCCUGCCGGCAAACCGUGAUUUGGAUCGUGUACGAGAAGCCCAUUUUCAUCUCCAGAGAGCAGUAUUUGCCGUUCAUCACAAGUGUGUAUUACUCGGAUAGAAACGACCCUGUGAAGAAGUUGUUGGUGGACAACUAUCGUACCAUCCAGCCCAGCUUGAAUCGCCAAAUCUUCGUCUCAUCUGCAGUGAAGAUAAUCUCAGCGAGAGGGGCGGCUCAGAGCCAGCACACACUCCUCAUCCACCUUUGCAUCCUCACCAGCUCUCUCUCAAUGCAUUAAACACUGUAGGAUGUCAUAGCAGGGCCAGUCAGCAUUUUCAGUGAUGAUAAAUAACUGUUUUGUUCAGAAGAGCUCAACUAAACAAGGCAGGUACAAAUAUAAUGCUAGCUUUCAUUAAUACUAGAGCUUAAUGAGAGUCGUAUUAUUAAUGUAAUCAAAUGUACAAGUCCUAUAUUGCUGCUGAGGAACAGUGCACGUAGCAGAGACCCAUUGCCUUGUAAUCAUUGUGGCAUUUGGUCACUAGUCAUCUAAAAAAAAAAGGUUCUGUUCAGUUCUGUGCAAUAUUUGUUUUAUUGAUGACUUGUUUGAGUUCUGUGUUUUGAUUACCUAACACCUUUUUGUUUUCCAUGGGUCUUAAAAAUGUAGUCCAGAACGUGCCUUUUGAAUUCUUUGCACUUUCGAUCUUACAAUUUAUCGCACGCAGGCACCUAAAAUCUAACUUACAGGAACCACAAGCUGAAUGUAACCAAAGAGGUCCGGUAGAUGUCACACUCUAGUCAUAAGUAUAAGAAGGUUACAGAGGGAUCGAAGUUAUAUUACAUUAAAAGUGUUUCGUGAAUUGAUGAAUCUUGUUUUUUUCGUAUGUAGCAAUAAUAGUGUUUGAGGUUUGACAUGGUUUAAUAUUUAUUUUAUAUACAUUUUCAGAUUGUAUUUUAUUUGCUUUUAUUUAAUUGAUUGGUUUAUCCAAGUUUCUAAAAAUAUGAAAGUUUGAGAUUGCAUUACAUUAUUAUUUAAGUUAGCCAUCAAGUGAUCGGCUUUAAAUUUACUAAAAUUAUUAAUGUUAAUGUUGUAAAAUAAAAGAAUGCAGUCACAUGAUCCAAA